AUGAAGAAGAGCUUGGAGGAGCAGCGCGACGAGGAGGAGGGGGCGGCGUUGGUGCCGCCGCCGCUGCCGCAACAUGAACAGGAGGAGGAUCCGGAGAAGCAGCAGAUGGAGGAUGAGCACGACGGUGAAGAUCAGCACACAAGAAGGACGACGACGACGACCAAGCAGACGACGGAAUCAUCAUCAGCCGAGCGGCAGCUGGUGGCGGCGUGGUGGAGACGGAGGGCGCAGAAGCUGGUGCCCACCAGAGGCGUGGGUCUGGUCAUCGCCGGUCUCCUCGUGCUGGCCUUGCUCGUCGGCGGCGGCGGCACCAGCCGCUGGAUCCACCUCGACUACGCAUCGUCGUUUCUGCUUGGGAACGGCGGCGGCGUGAAGCAGCACCGAUGGCCUCCUCACCACGUCCCCUCACCUGAAGCGGACCUCGUGCCCAUACCCUUCAGCUGCGGCAACGGCACUGGGUCGCCGGGGACAUGCCGCCGCCGUGACACGACGACAUGCCCGGAGUACUUCCGGUACAUCCACUCCGACCUGUCGCCAUGGCGCGAGACGGGGAUCACGCGCGAGGCGGUGGAGCGGGGGCGCGACCGGGCGGCGUUCCGGCUGGUGGUCGUGGAUGGCCGCGCGUACGUGGAGACGUACCACCGCGUGUUCCAGACGCGGGACACCUUCACGCAGUGGGGCAUCGCGCAGCUGCUGGCGCGCUACCCCGGCCGCGUACCGGACUUGGACCUCAUGUUCAACUGCGAGGACAUGCCGGAGGUGCGCGCCGCCGACUUCGCUGCCGCGCCGUUGCAUGCGCCGCCGCUGUUCCGGUACUGCAAGGACGACUCGACGCUGGACAUCGUGUUCCCGGACUGGUCCUUCUGGGGGUGGCCCGAGGUGAACAUCCGGCCCUGGGCGCCGCUGCUGGAGGAGAUGGCGGCCGAGACGGCGCGGCUGCCGUGGGCGGAGCGGGAGCCGUACGCGUACUGGAAGGGCAACCCCAGCGUAUCGGGGGAGCGCGGCGACCUCCUCCGGUGCAACGACUCAUCGGGGGAAUGGAGGACGCGCGUGUUCUGGCAGGACUGGGGCGCCGCCAUCCGGGACGGCUUCCGGGACUCCAACCUGGCGAAGCAGUGCCGAUACAGGUACAAGAUCUACGUGCGUGGGCGGUCGUGGUCGGUGAGCCAGAAGUACAUACUCGCCUGCGACUCGCCGCUGCUCCUCGUCGCCACCCCCUUCAAGGACUUUUUCUCCCGGGGCCUCGUCGCCGGCAAGCACUACUGGCCUAUCGAACCCGGCGCCCGCAAGUGCGCCGACAUCAAGUUCGCCGUCGACUGGGGCAACGCGCACCCGGAGCAGGCGCGCCGGAUGGCCGAGGAAGGCAGCGGAUUCGCGCGUCACGACCUCAGCAUGGACUACGUCUACGACUACAUGCUGCACCUGCUCACCCAGUACGCCGGCCUACUCCGCUACAAGCCCACCGUGCCGGAGAACGCCGUCGAGCUGUGCGCCGAGACUGUCGCGUGCCACUCUGCCGCGCACGCUAAUAACAGGGAAUUCGACUUCAUGAUGGAGUCCAGGGAGAGGUACGUCGCCGACUACCAGCCAUGCACGCUGCCACCGCCCUUCACCGCCGAUGAGGUGAGGGAGAUGACACGAAGAGACCAGGAGGUGCGCGCCAACGUGCACAAGAUGAUGACCACCAUGACUCCAUGA